AUGUGCAUAACACAACCAUAUUUUUCGACUCAAAUGCUAUUUUUUGCUGAUAAUACAUUAUAUGCAAUUGAUGAAAUUAAUCAACGAGCUUAUAAAUCAGCUGCCUACAGUACGAAACAAUCUGAAACGGCUUACGCUUUGAAAGACUUCCCUUUUGCAAUUUCUGAUUCGCCACAAUCAAAAUAUUAUGCUCAAUUAUUAGAAGGUUUUCCCGCUAUUGGUUGUAUUUAUGGAACAUAUUCGAAAUACGGUGAAAGUACAUUUAAUGCAUUUCCUUCACACUCAUGCAACACCUUACUCACUCGGCUGAAGUGA